AUGAGCAAUCUAGUUAAAUCUCAGAUCAUAGGCGUCAUGGCUUUGUUCUUCUUCGCUUUGGCGGCGGCCCAGCAGAGCACAGUGACACCGAGCGCGAUCAUCAACCCUGCGCGUUUUGAUGCCCGCGGUCGCUUUAAUCCCUAUUAUAACGAUCUUUACUAUAACAAUCGUGCGUUUAAAAAUCGCGACUACUACAAUCGUCAGUACUACGACAAUUUGUUUAAGAAAUAUAAUCCUGGCGUAGCCGCUCCAGAGGCACGCAUACUCCAGCAGGAGAAUGAGUUGAAUUAUGAUGGCACAUACAAAUACUCUUACGAAACGGAGAAUGGCAUACAAGCCGAGGAGCGCGGUGUACCAGUGAAGUUGGGCACCGAAGAGCAGAAGGAGGUGGUUGAGGGCUCUUACUCGUAUGUUACUGCCGAUGGUUUGCGUGUGAUUGUCAAAUACACUGCCGAUGAGAAUGGUUUUCAUCCAACAAUAUCAUAUGACGGCAUUGAUGCUGAGCGCUACGCACGCGUCCAACAACCUGCCGACACUGUAAUUAUACGCCAAAAUUAA